AUGCAUUUCUUCAUUGUAUUCAUACUGGCGUGUAUCUUAUUUCUUGAUGUUUCAUCUAAUGAUAGUUCGUUCACGGAAGAAGUCGGCAAAGGAUGUCCAUAUCGAGAUGGCACUCAUCCGUAUUAUUUUGGGACAACACAUCUCCGUUGCAUCUACCAACAUAGCAAAGGUAAACGUAGGAAACGUAGUGCACCUUCCAGAUGGACUUAUAGCCCCACUCACCGAUUCAUAGAAUACAGAGGAUACUUUUAUGAUUUCCAAACCAGUUCGAAAGUAUCGAUUGCUAAGAGUCGGUUAAGCGGAGAUGUGUGUCCUGGAGCAAAGGAAAAAUUCCCAGCAGGAUACAGCGAACUAAGCUCCGACUGUAUUGAGGGUUGUGCCAAAAAUUACAGAUGCACGUAUGGUAAUUACAGCCUCUGGUCUAAUAACUGUCACAUAUUUGCUAACCGGCUCUCCGAGGUUCUGUGUAGGAGAGGCACAAGGUGUCCUGAUUGGUGUAAAGGAAGCUGUGAUGAUGUGGAAUAUAAUUAACUUUGAAAAAAAUGAAGAUGUGUAUAAUUCAAAACAUCAA